AUGGCAGACAGAGGUAGAGGUGGUGGUCGUAGAACAUUUAAUCGUGAUUUUAGUUUGGGAGCUCUAAUUACCACCAACCUUUCCCCCUCAUCCAUUCACAUAUCAACCUCAGAGUCGAUGAUUCAUGUUGUUGCGCAAACUCCAAACACACUUUCUACAGCUCAAGACCAACCAAAUCUUACCUUUGUAAGGGAGUCAAUUCCCACUGCCCCUAUUAGAGAUGUUUCACCUUCAACACCAGAUGAUUCUGUUACACUUGAAUACCCACCAGAUCCAAAUUGCGAACAUAUUGUUGAUGAAAGGCCUUUCAUUCGUGCAUAUAAAGAAGAGUUUCAACCAACAUAUGGGUAUUCUAAUAUCAUAUCAAAUAUCAUUAGGGCAAAAUUUGAUGAACUAGCUCCAAGUUGGUUGAAGGUGUCAAUUGACCUUCGCGAUAGGUGGUUUGGAGAGUUUAAGAAAGAGUAUAGGUGGCACCCACAAGAAGAGCAAGCCAUUAGAGCUGUUUUUGAGCCAAAAGGUUCACGUAUUUUAAAAAAUGCAAUGAAUAAGAUCAUAAAUGGUCAAGAUAAAGGAAAGUGGAUAAUAGCUAAUGUUCGAGCAGCCUUGGACGAAAAUUGGGGUUUUACAAAUUUCCUAAACAAGAGCUCCACUGCCAAGGUGAAUCAAUUUGUUGAUAGAGGAGCCUCAGCAUACUGUGGUGGUUCCAUAUCUACUUCAGCUCACUUUGAAAAGCUGUCAAAGGAGUUUCAAAGACCACCAACUGCUUGGGAGGUGAUGGAGAAAACUAAGAAAUUGAAGUCGGGAGAAUGGGUCAAUGACAAGUCCCACGAAUUCGCUGAUUCCCCUAACACUGCUACUUCUGUUAAUGAUAAUGAAAUAUAUUUGAAUGUUGUUGGAAAUCCAAAUUACAAGGGGAACGUGUACAACCUAGGUACUUUGAGCAAAAGGUUUAGUUGCUCAAAAUCAGCUCCAUCUACUUCUAUUGCUCCUGUGGAAGACCAAAUAGAGGAAAUGCGUGAGACAAUUAAUAAAUUGAAUGCUGAGCUUUUGGCAAAGACAAAUAAGGAGAAGACACUUGAGGAAAAGAUGCUCUAG